CACUUUUAAUAAUAACUUUUAGCUUUAAUUAGAUUUAUGCACGCUUUAAUUGCCCUUUUUCAUAAUGACGUCACAUCUAAUCAUUUUUAAGAUUUUACUUGUUUAUAAAGGCCUUAAUGGUUUAGCACCAUCUUAACAGAUAUACUUCUAUCUAUAAGACCCAUACUCGGGCUCUGAGGUCAGCUUCUGAGAAUUAUCUAGAAGUUUGACGAACAAACACCAAAUCAUAUGAUGAUCGGGCCUUCUCUAUUGCUGGCCCCAAGCUCUGGAACGAGCUUCCUUUAGCAAUGCGGGAGUCUAUUAAUGUUGAAGGUUUUAAAAGUGCCUUAAAGACCCAUUCAUUUAGAAUAGCUUAAAAUUUAUAGUUUUUUCUCUAAGUCAAUUUUUCUUUUUCUUAUCAGUGGUAAUAUAAUGUAAAUAUAGGAUUUUACUUGUUAUAUUUUUAUUUCUGAUUUUGCUUUGUAAAGCGCUUAGGGCAAAAAGUGAAAUUAGCGCUAUAGAAAUAAAGGUUUAUUAUUGUUUAUUAUCUAAACAAAUUAUUGUUUUAACGCUAGGGAUCAUGGUCGCUGGAAGGGGAUGGAAUGGCAACAACACAUCUUAAAUCCCAAUGAAAUUUGGUUUAUGAGCUGGUGAAGUUUACAGACAUGACGUUAAAGCAAGCAAUCAAAAGGCUGAUCCUUUUUGUAACAUAUGUCUUGAUUUUCGCCGCCAUAAUGCAGGCUGUGGAGAGAACCGACCCCGGACAAAGAAUCGACAAAAACGUGAAACUGCAGAAAUUGUGGACGAAUAUUCAACAAAAAUACAAUAUGACGAGGGAAGAGUUUGAUAACAUCACACGGSUUAUCCACCAAUCACAACCACCGGAUUUAGAAACCUGGACUUAUUCAAAGUCAGUAAUGUUCAUGGUGGCGUUGUGUACCACAAUAGGCUACGGUAACAUAACGCCCAAAACACCAACAGGUAGAAUUUUAACUAUCACCACGGCUAUAUUUGGAAUACCGCUGACACUAGUAACGCUUAACUCCAUCGGCGCCACGGUAACGGAUGCAUGCACCAAAAUCAUCUUUGUCAUGGAAACGCGGUUUCUCAAACGCACCGCUGUCAAGAGAAUGAACAUGAAGUGCUUUACGCUUGUGCUAAUGCUUCUGUUGUUGAUUCUUUUCUUCUGGGCAUACGCCCUAACAUUGACUACGAAUUGGUCCUUCAACGAAAGUUUCUAUUUUUGGUUCAUAACUCUUUCGACUGUUGGUUUUGGAGAUUACGUGAUUGGAAGCGAAAAACUUAUGGACAACAUGGACGAAUGGGUUAAAAUAUUUAUCGAAAUUGCUUAUAUUAUACUCACGCUGAUUGGUUUGGCACUUUUGGCUAGUGUUAUCGACUGUACUAUAAAGUUAACCCAAGCAAUCAAAUGUCGCCUGCAUUCUCCUUGUUGCAUUUUCAAUGAUGUUCAGCUCAACAAUGAACAGUCAAACAGCUAAGCCAAAGGCGGAUCCGGAUCACGCUAGAUUAAGCGGCUAGCAAUCCUCUUAUGGUAUCCCCGUAUGAGUUACCUUAUGAUAGUUUUAUACCCAAGGCAGAUCCGGGCUGGGUUGGAUGGCUAGCUAACUACCUUUGGAGUUUUAAAACCUUGAAUAAAGAGUAAUGUAAAAUCUGAAGAGGAAGCUAUAUACUGGCUUUCUAGGUAACAGCCAUCAUCUUGAAUUCUUCCUGGAUCCAGCAAACUCCUUAAAGAGUAACGUAAAAUCUAAAGAGGAAGCUAUAUACUGGCUUUCUAGGUAACAGCCAUCAUCUAGAAUUUAUCCUGGAUCCACCAAACUAAUCAAAGAGUAAUGUAAAAUCUAAAGAGGAAGCUACAUACUAGCUUUCUCGGUAACAGCCACCCCCUUGAAUUCAUCCUGGAUCCAACAAACUAAUCAAAAAGCAUGUAAAAUCUAAAGAGGAAGCUACAUACUAGCUUUCUCGGUAACAGCCACCCCCUUGAAUUCAUCCUGGAUCCAGCAAACUAAUCAAAGAGCAUGUAAAAUCUAAAGAGGGAGCUACAUACUAGCUUUCUCGGUAACAGCCACCCCCUUGAAUUCAUCCUGAAUCCAUUAAUGUAAAGAGCCUUAUAUACUUCUACUACCAGAAUUUCUCGUGCACUUUCCUGCUCAGUUAAUUGGCAUGCUUUGCUUUGUUAAUUGAUUAUUAAGCAAAAGGCCUAUUGUCGUGCCCUAGACUCCUCUAUCAUCAUCAUCCAUGCCAAUUUUCAUAUACUAUUAUUUAAUUAAUACUUAUCUACAUGUUUCUCAAUAUAAUUUAAUGACCAAAAAUUGUAAUUUGUUUUACUUAGCUAACUGACCAGUUUAGCCAUUGAGGUUAUUUCCGUUAGCUGGUACUAAUUUAAGGUUUGAUUUAAAUUAUGUAAAUCAACUUAUUAAUCUAUGUACCUAAUAAAAUAUUGUCAUUGUCUUCUA